CCUCCCUCCUCCGCCAUGAUGUUUUCAGCGGAGCUAGCUAACCAGCUAAUUUAGCCUUCAGGCUGCAGACUGUUGUGGAAACGGGGUGCGAUGGAUGGAUGCUUUGCCCCGCUAUGUUUUACAAAUCUGCUGUAGUUUAAACAGAAUGCGCUUUCUCCGACUAAAUUUACCCCUCGGUAUAAUCCGCGCUGUUGUGGAGGGCAGCUAUUUCGCAGUGCAGCGUUAAUAAAUGAUCGAGGAGCCACGGAUUUUCUUAUAGUUUGAAGAUUAACGCUGGCUGAGGCUAUUUAAGUGGCUACACAGCUAGCUCCUCCUUGCUGUCUACCAUCGCAUUCUUGUGUCUCCUGCCCCAGGAAUGUUCUCCAAAAAGCCUCAUGGGGACGUUAAAAAAUCAACACAGAAAGUGUUGGACCCAAAGAAGGACGUGUUGACGAGGCUGAAACAUCUCAGAAUAGUCAUAGAAAACGCAGAGCCUUCAGAGCUGAAACAGUUCUUCGACCUGAACUACUCCCAUAUCUACUAUGUCUUCUUUGAGAACUUUGUCACCAUUGAGGUCAGCCUCAAGCAAAAAGGUCACAAGUCUCAGAGGGAGGAGCUGGACUCAAUCCUCUUCAUCUUUGAGAAAAUCCUCCAGCUCUUGCCAGAGAGAAUCCAGAGCCGGUGGCAGUUCCACAGCAUCGGGCUGAUCCUAAAGAAGCUGUUGCACACUGGGAACUCUCUGAAGAUCCGUCGUGAAGGUGUGCGCUUGUUCUUGCUGUGGAUGCAGGCGUUACAGAGUAAUGCAGAGCGUGAGCAGCUCUGCAUGUUUGCCUGUUUGAUUCCUGGCUUCCCAGCUCCACUCUGCCAUGGGACCCCACGCACCCUGGACACCCUGAUCAACACGCCGCUGAGUUUAACAGAGACUCAGGUUACCCCAGAAGAGAUCACUCCAUUGGUUCCCCCCCAGUCUGGUGACAAGAACCAGGAAGACCUCACUGCUUACUUUUUAGAAGCUUUACUCAAAUACAUGGUAAACCAGGCUAAGUCACUUGAGUGGCGCUGUAAAGAGAACCAUGAACGUGGUUUCAGCUUCCUCUUUGGUCACUUCAGGAAGUUUUACCUUCCUCACAUCUUUCCCAACUUCGCCAUGGAAACCAACCUCUACAACCCAAUACUGGACGUGCCUCCGAUGCGUCCUAAGCCGUACUACAGCGUGGUGCGCAGGGAGCAAGACGGCGGUGAAACGCUGUACUGCACCAAGGAGAGCUUCCUUCAGGCCCGAGUCAUCUUCAUCCGCUGGCUGGUUUCUUUCUGGCUCGAGCCACGAACGAGCACACAAACACACAUCCCAGGAACAGAGGGAGAGAAUGUCCCCAAGAACAUACAGCGAGCAGCAGCCGGACUGGCAGCUCGCUCUGCAGGCAGCUCAGAUGACAGCAGCGGAGGUGGGAUUCGGUCUGACAGCCACCUGGAAGGUAGCGGGUGCUCAUCUGGAUCAGGCGGAGGCAGCAUGGGGAUAUCUAUGGGUCCGGGAGCUGGGGGUGAGCCUGAACAAAGCCACUCCAACACAUCCACUUUGACUGAGAGGGAGCCCAGCUCCUCCUCACUCUGCUCCAUGGAUGAAGAGCAGCUGACGGACAUGGAGGUGGUGAGAAGAGUGCUGACCUGCUCCAGAACCAACGUCAACUUUAUCACUGAGAUCUUUAGACAGGCGUUUCUCCUUCCCAUGUGCGAAGCUGCAGCGAUGCGUAAAGUGGUCCGUGUUUACCAGGAGUGGAUCUCCAUGGAGGACAGGCCAGUGUUUAUGAAGGAGCCAGAGGAGGGCCCCUACCCCAUAGCCACAGCCAGCAGCCUGGAUUCAGGCUCUCAGCUCGGAGACAAAGACGAUGAGGGAAUGAACAAAGUGAUUGACAGUGAAUUGCUGGAGUACAGCGUUCAUGCUGGUGUUCAGACUACCCUGCAGGUGUUUAUCACACACUCCUCCAACGUUUUCCUGUUGGAGCCAGCCAACGACAUCAAGAUCCUUUUAGAGGAGCAUGUUGACAUGUGCAAGCGAGUCCUGAACAUCUACCGCAGCCUUGUCAUGCAUGAGACCAUGGACCAGAAAACAUGGGAGCAAGUCUUACUGGUUCUGCUCAGGGUGACCGAGUCAGUGAUGAAAAGACCUCCAUCCAUCAUGCCCCAGGGCAAGAAGAACAACACACUGUCAGGCAGAUUGGCUGGACCUAUCUUUCAGACGCUUAUAGUAGCCUGGAUAAAGGGGAACUUAAAUGUCUACAUCAGCAGAGAACUGUGGGACGACCUUCUCUCCGUCCUCUCCUCUCUUACUUGCUGGGAUGAACUGGUCACAGAGUGGUCGCUUACCAUGGAGACCCUCACCAAGGUGUUGGCCAGGAACCUGUACAGUGUUGAUCUGAAUGAGCUGCCUCUGGACAAACUCAGUGAACAAAAACAGAAGAAACAUAAAGGAAAAGGCAUUGGUUCGGAGGGCCAGCGACAGAUUGUGGAUCGUUCCUUCUCUAAAGGCUGGAGCAGAGACCAACCAGGCCAGGUGGCAGCCAUGAGGCAGCGAAGCGCCACCACCGCUGGCUCACCAGGCAUUGAAAAGGCCAGGAGUAUUGUUCGCCAGAAGACUGUAGACCUCGAGGAUCCGCCAAUCACGCUGACAUCCCUCACCAGGUUGCGCCACUCCUCCCAGAGCGACGAGGCCCCUCCCACCUCCUGUUCUGAAGUCUUCCAGGGAGGGGCGUGUGACCUCGAUCCCCCGGCCCCUUCCUCCCUGGCAAGGAGCAGCAGUGCCUCUGACAUCAUGGAGCCUUUCAUCGCAGAGCGGGUCAAAGGUGAAGACCCCCAGAGGGAUCCCACUUCAUUCCCGAAUCCCCACCACCACUCCACAACUUCUUCCUUACUCGUAGCCAGCAGCCACGCAGCUCAACCACUCUCACACCCUUUCUCCCCCCCCUCUCCCACCCCUUUUUCCUUCUCCAAUGGUGGUGUUUCCUUGUCUACAGAGGAUGAGGGUAGUGUUUAUGACCAGUUCUGGCACCAGAUUGGCUCUCGCAGCCAGGGUUCUGGUUCUGAUUGGGUAAGCGACUGGGAUUCUGCCUUCACCUGUUCGUCUGAAAAGGAAAUCAAUAUAGUGGAGGGUGAAAUGGGGGCUGGGGAAGAGGAGGAUGAUUUGUUUUCCUCUAUUAGGGACUACCUCAUACUCAAAGGAGGUGAGAGGAAGGAGGAGACCAGAGAGAGCGAUAGUCCUGGUCACGUACUAGUAAACAAUGUUGCAGCGUCACCUGUACCUGUGCAAACAGGGGUAGCUAGAACACAAAUGGAAUACACAGGACAGGCAGGACAGGCGAGACAGGUGGUGAGAGAGGACAGACAGGUAAGUAAAUCUGUGAGACAUAGCAGUGUGGAUUCAACAGAGGAGAAUGAGGCAGAACAGCGAAGCAUCUAUGAGUGCCUGGAGCUGCAGUGUCAGUGGCCAUCACCCAAUGCUAAGGGUAGUGCUAGCUUAGAGAGACACACGGGGGAGAAAAAGGGAGGAGGAAAUACUGGAAGUGCAGCUGAAUGGGAAGGGAAAUGUGACAUGUGGGGGGAAAUAGGAGAUGAGAAACAGGAUGAUAAAGAAGCAGCAGCAAAAGAGAGGUCCAGAUUAAUUAGACAAGACACUAUCACAGUAGAAUCUAGCACUGAAUCAAAUCAAACAUCAGACCCAACUAAGGCCAAGAUGUACCGUAGCAUCACCAAAAGGCAUUCUGGGGGGGUUCAUGUCAGCUUUCGGCCCUCAACUGAAUCAGUCCAGUUUCACAACCCUCUUGAGAGUAAAGAAGCCCAUUGGAAAGCCAGGCUUCGCCGCCUCAGUCACUUCCACACUCACAGCCACUCAGCUGGGGAGAGGCCUGGGGCCGGAGCUGGGUCGAAGCUAGGAGCAGGGGGUGCAGGUAAGUUGGGCUCUGUGGCUGGAGUUAGCCAUAGAGCAGGGGCACAUGAGAAAUUAUCCUCUGGGACUUUUACGGUUAUCAGCGGGCCAGGGAACACAGCGAUUGACGGAGACCUGGAAAACAGGGCUUGUUCUGGAGGGGACAAGGACAAGCAACAUCCCGGAUCCUGUGUGGGAUCCAGCCUGGGCACUGAAGGUCACUCAGAGGUGUUAUCAAGCAGUUCAGGUUUCUCUGGCGUGUCGUCAGGGGUGCGUGGCCGUUUGGGGCGUUCUGCCUUGCGAUCUCGAGCCUCCCGAUCACGCUCCCAGGAGCCAGGCAGCACUGCCUCACGACACCAGGGGGCUCUCCUUGGUGGCGUCUAUAAGACUGUGGUCCACGCUCUGUCCUCAAAGCCCCGGCCCCGGGGUCAGGGUUCAUCCCAAGGCUCGUCGCCACAGCGGCAGGCCCGGGCUUCCAUGGGUGACGCAUCACUAAGAGACCUCUACUCCCAUGUCCUGGGCUACUUUGGACGAAAGACGACUACGCCAGUCAACAAAGAGGAAGUGGUCCAGAAGGCUCGUCCAGUGUCCACCGAUGUAGGAAGCAGCAACCCGAACUUCUCUGACCUCAUGGAUGAGUUUAUCCAGGAGAGACUGAGAGCCAAAGGAACAGCAGGCCGCCGUGGCAGCAGCCCGGGGAGCCUGGAGGUUCCCAGGGACCUGCCGGAGCUCCUAGAGGCAGGUCAGAGUCCUGGAUCACGGCCCUCAGAUGACCCCCGUCCUAUUGACGAUCCAGGGGUUCCUUCUGAAUGGACGUCACCUGCAAGUGCCAGUGGUUCAGAUGUCAUCAGCUCAGACAGCCAGUCGGACUCCUUCAAUGCCUUUCAGUACUCCACCUGCAAGUUUGACAAUUUUACUUUCAGUUCAGAAGCAUGUGGAGGAGGAGUUGGAUCUGGAGGAGGAGGUCGAGGCAGCUCACUGGACCAGGACAGCUUGGGUGGGGGCGUCGCCUGUGAAGAACAUGAAGUCGCCAGUUUAACAACACUUCACCUCGACUCGGAGACCAGCAGCCUCAGCCACACUGUCACUGUUACCGGUUCUGAGAGCGCGUCUCCCAUGCAUUCCCUUGGAGGCUCUCGCUCCCAGACUCCCUCCCCUGCCACGCUGACAGCAGAGCACACACACUCCCACUCACACACACACCUACAGCUGGACCAGAAGCUUCACAACUCUGUCCUGCAGACUCCCGAUGACCUGGAAACCAGUGAGUUCCCUAGCGAGGACUGCAGUGUGAUGGCAGGUGGCUCUCUAACUGGAUGGCACGCAGAUGUUGCCACGGUAAUGUGGCGGAGGAUGCUGGGUAUCCUGGGGGAUGUCAAUAGCAUCAAAGACCCAGAGAUCCAUGCUCAGGUCUUCGACUAUCUCUGUGAACUGUGGCAGAACCUGGCCAAGAUAAGAGAUAAUUUGGGCAUUUCUCUGGAUAACCAGUCAUCUCCCCCGCCCCCUGUUCUAAUCCCACCCCUGAGAAUCCUCACCCCCUGGCUUUUUAAGGCCACCAUGCUGACAGAGCGUUACAAGCAGGGGAAACUUCACGCCUACAAGCUGAUCUGCAGGAUCAUGAAGAGACGGCAAGAUGUUUCCCCAAACACAGACUUUCUCACACACUUCUACAACAUCAUGCACCAAGGACUGCUGCACCAAGACCAGGACAUCGUGAACACCAUCAUAAAGCACUGCAGUCCCAGGUUCUUCAGUAUCGGUCUACCUGGAGCCACCAUGCUGAUCCUGGACUUCAUAAUUGCGGCUUCUAGAGUCACCGCCUGCUCAUCACUCAAUGCUCCAAGAGUAGAGGCCCAGAUUCUGCUUGGAUCUCUAGUGUGUUUUCCCAACUUGUAUGGGGAGCUUCCAGCCCUCCAUCCCACCACAGCUGAUGUGGUGCUUACCAAGUUCCCUGACGUCAAGGAGCAUGUUAUCAAAACCAUCCUGACCUCUGCUAGGGACGAACCCUCUGCUCCUGCUAGGUGUGUGGCUCUGUGUAGUCUGGGUAUCUGGCUGUGCGAAGAGUUGGCUCAUGGCACUCAACAUCCACAGAUAAAAGAUGCUCUAAACGUCAUCUGUGUUACCCUGAAGUAUCCCAAUAAGAACGUGGCACUGGUGGCGUCAGACAUCCUUCAUCUCCUGAUCAGUCAUGUGGAUCAUCUUCAAAAAUUUCCCCCUGAUACUCCAAAGAAGAUUGUAGAGAUUUUGAUCGCCACCAUCACAUACUUGCUGCCCACUACCGAGUCGUCACCUCAUGAACUGGAUAAGAGGCUGGUAGUGUCCCUCCUGCUGUGUCUGUUGGACUGGGUGAUGGCUCUGCCUCCAAAGACUCUUCUACAACCUGUUCAAUCACGAAGCCCCCCAGAGAGGGACCAGCCUACAAAGACUCUGCUCAGCUGUAUUUAUAAGGUAUUGCAUGGUUGUGUGUAUGGAGCCCAGUCUUUCAACAGUCCCAAGUAUUACCCGCUGCAGCUGUCGGACCUGUUGAGUCCAGACUACGACCCAUUCCUGCCAUUAGAGAGCCUCCGAGAACCAGAACCACUGCACAGCCCGGACUCAGAACGCUCAAGCAAACUACAGCCUGUCACCGAAGUUCGUAGCCGUAUUCAGCAGGGCCUGGUUUCCAUCGCAGCCAGAACAGUUAUCACACACUUGGUCAAUCAUUUAGGACAUUAUCCAAUGUCCGGAGGGCCUGCUACUCUGUCUAGUCAGGUGUGUGAAAACCAAGACAACCCGUUCUGUGAGAGUGCAGAUCUUGGACCAGAGCUUUUCCAUUCACCAAACCUACAGUUUCUGGUUCUGAACGGCUCCACACUGCUCUCAGUGUAUCAGAUCCGAUCAGAGUCUGGUGUACCAGGAGGUGGAAUGACAGCUGGUUUGUCCUCCGCUCCUGCUUGUGUUCGUGUCAUCAUCCGAGAUGUAGCUGGAAAACACUCCUGGGAUUCUGCUGUUCUCUACGGGCCUCCACCUUGUACCCCAAGCAGCCCAGCAAACACAUUUUUGUCACACACACAAUCGCCUCACACCGCCAAUCUUCAUUUACGCACCCCACCAGGAGGUCCACCAGAAAAGAUGGGAGUGAAGAGAGAAGACAGCGAAGAGGAGGGGCAGGAGGAGAGUGAGGCAGAGGAGGGAGGAAGAGAAAUGGAGGGUGAAAGGCAAGGGUUUCAGGGAGAGGGGGAGGGGGAAGGAGAGGAGAGGAAAGUCAGUGAGGAGGAGGAUGGAGAUCGAAGAACAGGUGAAGGGGAAGGGGAGGAGGAGGAGGAGGAGGAGAAGGAGCUUAGUUUGGAUGGGGAGGGGGAUCGGGGGGAGUCAGGUUUAGAACAGCUUCUAGCUCCGCCACUGGCUAAACGUGUGUGUCGGGAGGCAGUGCCAGCAUGGGAUUUGCUGAGUGAGGGAGACGAUUCACUGGAUGAAAUGCUGCAGUACCUGGGAUACUCGAGUCCUGAGUGUCUACAAAGAGCAGGCAUGCCACUCAAUAUCCCAGCCCCUCCUCCAGCGUGUGUUUCAGAGAAGCAGGAGAAUGAUGUGAUCAAUGCCAUUCUGAAGCAGAGCACUGCUGAAAGGGAGUUCGUCCUUAAUAGAGGUGAGGAGUUGAACAUGAGGGCAGUGCAGCAGACUGAACCAGAGACUGAGACACCGCAGUCAGCCUUCUACUACUGCAGACUGCUGAUCAACAUACUGGGACUCAACUCCUGGGAGAAGAGGAGUAACUUUCAUUUGUUGAGGAAGAAUGAGAAGUUGCUGAGAGAGCUGAAGAACCUGGACUCACGGCAGUGCCGUGAGACUCAUAAAAUAGCAGUAUUUUAUGUGGCUGAGGGCCAAGAGGACAAACACUCCAUACUCACCAACACAGCGGGUAGCCAAGCUUAUGAAGACUUUGUCUCUGGACUGGGCUGGGAGGUGGAUCUCACUACUCACUGUGGCUUCAUGGGAGGUCUCCAGAGGAAUCGCAGUACAGGCCAGACUACACCUUAUUACGCCACCUCCACUACAGAGGUCAUCUACCACGUCUCCACCCGCAUGCCCCACGACCAGGACCAUAACCUCACUAAGAAGCUGAGACACCUGGGUAACGACGAGGUCCACAUUGUUUGGUCGGAACAUUCUAGAGACUACCGUCGAGGGAUCAUCCCCACUGAGUUUGGAGAUGUGCUAAUUGUCAUCUACCCCAUGAAGAACCACAUGUACUCCAUUCACAUACUCAAAAAACCAGAGGUUCCAUUCUUCGGUCCGCUGUUUGACGGGGCCAUAGUGGACAUGAAGAUUUUGCCCACCAUGGUCAGAGCCACAGCUAUCAAUGCCAGUCGAGCUCUCAAGUCCCUCAUUCCCCUUUACCAGAACUUCUAUGAGGAGCGCGCACGAUACCUAGAAACCAUCGUGCAGCACCACCAGGAGCCAACCACAUUUGAGGAUUACGCGGCCCGAGUCUACAGUCCUGCUCCCUGCACACACCUGCCCUCUGACACAGGCUCCUGCCUAGAGAUUCUUCGGGGAGAAAGUCCGGCUCUUGGGGAGGCCGGGAGCGACUCGGCAUCCCCCAUGUCUCCUCGGACUAGCAAGAGCCGCAUGUCCAUGAAGCUGCGGCGCUCCUCUGGAUCGGCCAAUAAGACUUAAGCUCUCAACACUACAUGGACCAUUCUGAAAAGACACUUCAUGUCUGGUCAAACAAUCAGACUUUUAAGUCUCUCUUGAGGAAAUCUGGUCUACAAUUGUACUUAAAAGAAAUCAAACAUGACACAUUAAAUUUAACUGUUGAUAGGUGGUGUUCCCAAGAAUAAGUGUAAACAUCAGGGAGGUCAGUAAAAUUUCAUCCCAUCUCCCCCAGCAUGCUGCGGAGCUGAUUGAACACCGGCUUAUUAUGUACAUUGUACACAGUUGUACUCUCAAAAACACAUAGUAUUCUGUGGACUAUAUUAUACUGUAACUUAAUUUUGAAACUGCUCACAGCUACUGAAUAUAUCCUUAGCUUUGCUUUCCAAAAAACUACAGAAACCAGCUGAACCAGUGGAUCCUAAGCAGUGCAGUAUUAGUUCAGAAUAAUCUGUGCCAUGUUAGAAAUUGCCCAAACUCCAUAAGCAGAACCGCAAAAAGCUUGUGUGCCACAUUAUACACGGUUCUUCGUGGAGAACGCAUUAAAUGAGAUAAAACUGCUGAACAAAGAGAAAACCAUGUGUUGUUGAACAUUGCUUUGGAGAAUCUGUAUAUUUGUACUAUAGUCAGUGUGUGUACAGACAGAAAUAUGAGUUUUGAUAUAAAAAGAAUGAAUCCCGAGUGAUUGCACCUGUAGUGUUGCAUGGAGAAAGCAGGAUAAAAGUCUAUUUUUGUUCUCAGUACUGCAUUAGGCCUAUAACGAUAAGGGCAGGAGUCAGUUUCUAUUCAGUCCUCAUAUAAUGUAAAUAGAAACUCAUACAUUUACUAACAAUUUUAAAAAAAGUGUAUGUGGCAACGCUCUCUAGCCAAAAAUUUCUGUGUGUGUGAAUCUAGAAGAAAAUCCCCUGCUUGAACUCAUGGGACUGAAAGCUCACCCUUUUGUGAUGCGAUGUGAGAAACAGUGUUAAAGUAAUGAUGGAGGGAUUGUUUGUCUUUCAUAAAGGAGAGGAAGGUGCUUUGUAAAAAAAAUAUAAACAAGACAUACUGAUAAAAGAGGAAGCACUUGUUAUAGAAAAGUUUAGUAGUAAAGUUUAGUUUUCAUUUCUUUCUUUUUUUUUUUUGCUCAUGCUGUAAAACAUGAACAAGCACUGAUAUUCAUUGCAUUUACUUUACUUCUGUUUUCUUCAUUUUUGCAAAAUUGACUGUAAAAUGUGAUUUGACCUGAAGAAGAAUGUUUCUGUUUAAGUUCGGUGUCGCUUCAUCAUCUGACCACAGCUUUUCUUCCUUUUUUCUUUUGACUAAUUCUGUAUAUCUAUAUAUGUUUGAGUGUGUAUUUUAUAUAUAUAUAUAUAGUAGAUAAAUUAAUAUCUAUAAGAAUGUGUACAGUGUGAGGAGGCUUGUUGUGUGUAUACUUUUAUGUGAGAAUAGCUGCCAAAGCCAAACUGUGGUUAAACUUCAGACAUAUCUGCUUAAAAUGGGUUGACACUACAAACUUUUAUGCUUCGACAUUUUCAUAACCGGUUUGCACUUAAUUCUCCAGGAAUUUGAAGGUAAUUUUGUUUUAGCUUAUGUACUCUUUUUUUUUUUUACUGUUGAUAUAUAUAUAUAACCAUGGUACCAUUGUAAGAUUGGGGAAAUUAGAGGAAAAAAAAAAUAUAUAUAUAUAUUAUACUUUUCCUCCUUUUUUUUGUUGUUUGACAUAUUACUAAAUGAGGCCCAGUGUCUCUCAAGGCAGGGUUAGUUGUGGGCUGUUAUUGGUUAUUAAUUUUCACCACCUUAGUGGGGGCAGGAGGAAGAAAAGCAAGGUGUACAAAAGAUGGACACUAAAGAUACAAGGCCAAAGAAGGGGAGAGAUGUCAACUUAGUAGAUAUAAAUGGUUUUGUGCUUUGUUCAGUCUUCUUUUUUCUUUUUUUUUUACUCCGCUCUUAUAUUUAGACUCAUGCCCAGUUCCAGUUCUGGAUGGAGGGGAGACGCAUGUAAUAACAAUCCGCACAAAAUUUAACACUACCAUUGUAUGUAUUUAACGUCCUCAUUUCAGCACUCCUUAUGUCCAGUCAAUUCAAAUAAAAACUGACAAGGUUUUAUGUCACAGCCAUGGUUUUCCAGUGUUCAUCUGGAUUGAACGUUCUUCCAAUUAUUUUACAUGAUACGGAUUUUUUCUCCCCGCGUCUCCCUAAUUUCCUUUUUCCGCAGCCUGAUCCCUGGUAAAGGAAACAUACAUAUGCGAUAGAAAAAAAUAGAUCUGAGUUUAAGGUUUUGCAUUAUGCUGAACUACUUGAAGUAAGUGUAUUCACAGCUGUAUUUUCUGUUACUGUUUUAUUUUUUUAGCCAUAGAUGCUCUGUAGAGAGGAAAGGUAUUGUAAGACUUUUUUCCUUUAUUUUGACCCAUCCAUGGGGUUGAAAUGGUUAACUUUUACAUAUUUGCCAUUGUAAAAUGAGGUCAAAUUCAUGUUUUGUCACUUUGUUUGUGAAUAUUUGAAGUCAGCUGAGAUUUGAGUUGUUCCUUUUAAAUUAUUGCUGUUACAAUAACUGUUAUUGCUGAGGUUGAAGCACCGCUGAUUGAUUGAGGCUGUAGUAGCCCCACUGCACUCUGGGACAGAUCUAUACAUGCUGUAUAUGGACUACAGCCCACCUGCCAGUCACCGGCUGUUGGCUUGGUUACAUCCUGAAAACACUUUGACAACCUGAAACUGUUUGAGGUACAGCCUAAACCCCGUCAAAGUACCUAAACCACACAGCAACACCCUGUUCACACUUCUUUAUACUCACUGGAUUAAAAUACCAGGGAGUCCACAUGAUUACUCAAGUCAUGAUGCUGCUUUUUAUGUCCCAUGGAAAACAUGGGACAUUUCAUACUUAAAAUUUGUUUUACUUAUUUAAAAUACUCCUGAGAACUCCCCUUUCUUCUACAGGUCUGCAUCAACCGCAGAAAUGUCCCUACUUACAGUGAUUCUCUGAACGUGAGGCCUGUGAUGGAUACAGGUUACUGGACAGCUGUUGUUCAGACAUUAGUUUGGAACAAAGCUGAUUUGUGUAACUGCUGACUGUACAUACUGCAUGACACCAGUUCAGUACUAACUGCAUGUGUUGAUCACGUAACAGCUGUAUCACAACACACACGUACGCUCGCUCACACACACUCCUAAAACAAUGUUACUGUCAGACCUGUAGUAUGUAAAUGUGUAAUGUCUCUUUUGGACACACAGAGAGCGUUGAUGUGCGUUGAUGGAAUGUAACAAUAAAUCAUUCGUACCACUGA